AACUCUCUCUUCUCAAGAAAAAAGCGGAGACGAGAAGAAAAUAAAAGAAGAAAAAUAUAGAAAAAAAUCUUCCAAAAAGUUCAACGCAAUUUCCAAUAGAAUCAAGUUCUUGUAUAUCUCUGAGUUCCGUCGAUUCAGGAAAGUCCGGUUCAGAAAAGCUACGCCAUUGUUAGAGUGAAUUGAAUCGGCGAAGGAAAAAAAUGGCGUCUCUUCGAGAUAUAGUUACAUCAGCUUCUAUCAAUCUUCUCUCAGCCUUUGGAUUUCUAAUGGCUUUUGCAAUAUUGAGGAUCCAGCCGUUCAACGAUAGGGUUUAUUUCCCGAGAUGGUACAAAAAGGGAACAAGGAGCAGCCCUACUCGAUCUGGAGCAUAUGCAUCAAAAUUUGUCAACUUAGAUUGCAGGACAUAUUUAAAUUUUUUGAAUUGGAUGCCUGCGGCUUUGAGAAUGCCUGAACCCGAGCUCAUUGAUCAUGCAGGACUUGAUUCUGUUGCCUACAUUCGGAUUUACCUUCUCGGCUUGAAAAUAUUUGUCCCCCUCGCUGUGUUGUCUUUCAUGGUUUUGGUCCCUGUCAAUUGGAUAGGGGAUACAUUAGAGCGUGCUAAGGAUUUAAACUUCAGCAACAUUGACAAACUCUCAAUAUCAAAUGUUCCAGAUGGAUCAAAAGGGUUUUGGGCACAUAUCGUUAUGUCAUAUGUAUUCUCGUUCUGGACAUUUUAUGUGCUAUAUUCAGAAUACAAAGUGUUAGCUACCAUGAGGGCGGAAUAUCUAGCAUCAGAAACUCGUCGUCCUGACCAAUUCACAGUUCUUGUAAGAAAUAUUCCUCCUGAUCCGGAUGAAUCAGUUAGUGAGCACGUCCAACAUUUUUUUUGUGUAAAUCAUCCUGAUCAUUAUCUUACUCAUCAGAUUGUAUAUAAUGCAAAUAAGCUAGCGUCAUUGGUUUCAAAGAAGCGCGACUUGCAAAAUUGGUAUAUUUACUACCAAAAUAAGUUCGAGAGAACUUCAAAGAGGCCGCUCACAAAGACAGGUUUCAUGGGUCUCUGGGGCACUAAAGUUGAUGCAAUCGAUCAUUAUACUUCUCAGAUUCAGAAGCUGAAUGAAGAAGAAGCCGUAGAAAGAGAAAGAGUCAAGAAAGAUCCGGAUGCUAUAGUUCCAGCGGCAUUUGUUUCAUUCAAAUCGCGAUGGGCGGCAGCAGUCUGUGCUCAAACACAGCUCUGCCGUAAUCCUACACUUUGGUUGACGGAAUGGGCCCCCGAGCCUCGUGAUGUUUAUUGGGAUAACUUCGCUAUACCAUAUUUUGAACUCACCAUUCGAAGGUUGAUAAUAGCCGUUGCUCUAUUUUUUCUAAUUUUCUUCUUCAUGAUCCCUAUAGCUUUUGUUCAAUCUCUAGCCAAUAUUGAGGGGAUUCAGAAGGUUUUCCCCUUCUUGAAGCCAUUAAUACAAAUAGAGUCAGUCAAAUCCGUUAUCCAAGGCUUUCUCCCUGGGAUUGUACUGAAGAUAUUUCUUGCUGUACUUCCCCAAAUCCUUAUGACAAUGUCUAAAAUAGAAGGAUAUCCAUCCAUCUCAGCUUUGGAUAGAAAAUCAGCUGCGAAAUAUCACAUGUUCAUUCUUGUCAAUAUAUUUCUUGGAAGCAUUAUAACUGGCUCAGCACUUCAGCAGCUUAAAACUUUCAUCGAUCUGCCUCCAACAGAGAUUCCAAAAACCAUUGGGGUAUAUAUCCCAAUGAAAGCUAAUUUUUUCAUUACUUAUAUAAUGGUGGAUGGAUGGGCAGGGGUUGCUGCAGAAAUCCUGAGAUUAGUACCAUUGGUGUUGUUCCACUUGAAAAAUACAUUUUUGGUUAAAACAGAACAAGAUAGAUAUGAAGCAAUGGAGCCUGGUUCCAUUGACUUUCCAGUAGGUGAACCAAGGAUCCAAUUAUACAUCUUGCUGGGACUUGUUUAUGCUCCCAUCACCCCUUUUCUUCUUCCUUUCAUCAUCAUUUUCCUUGCUUUUGCCUAUGUGGUAUUUCGUAACCAGGUUAUCAACGUGUAUGAUCCAAAGUACGAGAGUGCAGCAGCAUUUUGGCCAGACGUGCAUAAGAGAGUGGUGAUAGGUUUAUUCAUAUCUCAACUUCUUCUACUGGGAUUGUUGAGCACAAAGAAGAUCGGGCGUAACUAUUUUGCAUUGCUUCCCCUUCCCGUUCUGACGAUCUGGUUUUUCAUGUACUGCAAGGGCCGCUUUGAAUCUGCUUUUGUUAGAUUCCCUUUACAGGAAGCAAUGGUAAAAGAUACAUUAGAAAAGGCAACGGAGCCACAGUUCAACUUAAAAGCAUACCUAAAAGACGCAUAUAUGCAUCCUGUAUUCAAAAGCAGCGACGUGGAGAAAUCAGAUUUCACAUUUGAAGAAGAGAAGAGCCCACUGGUUGCCACAACCAGGGUAGCCACCAAACUUUCUCCCGAUGUGAAUUCUUCCUCCUCCGUUCAAUCGGAUGCUUAAUUUGUUUUUCUACUUUCUAACCCGAAUACCAUCCCUAAUUCGCUUCCCCAUUUUCAACUUCACAUCAUAUAUGUGUAUUUAUCCUUGUAUAUAUGUAUAUGAUAUAACUUUAGCUUCUCAACACUUGAUUUAUUGGCCUCUCAAGGGGGACAAAAAAAUAGAAAACAAAAGGGGAGUGGCAGUUUGCUUAAUUGAUAUAUUGUCAGUCACAUUUAAAUUUAGGGUUUCUUAUGUCUUUCUUCUUAUUCCUUUUAUUCAUAUAUACUUGUACAUAUAUAUAUGACGGGUCACAUAUUAAAGCCCAUAAGGAAUAUACACAAAACGUU